UCCACAGUAUUUCUGUUUUGUCUCUGAUUUUGAACCGCGGAGGACUGCCGUUGACCGACCGGGUGCGCAAUCAACAAAAACCAAUGCGAAAUAGUUUCAUAGUCCAACAAAGUGUAUUCUAAGCCUUGUAUCGCGCAACAUAGUUUUUUCAGCAAGCUCACACAGCAAUGACCAACACCCCAACCCCGGCAACGGCUGCUCCGUUGACAAUCCAGCAGCAAGCCGAACUGGAAUGGAUUCAAAUGCGAGCCGACUACGCCGACAUUCAUGCGGAAACAACUAAGGAAAAAAUGAUCCGCAAGGUAAACGAAAAUCCUCUGGUCCCGAUCGGGUGCGCGGCAACACUGGCCGCGCUUGGGUUCGGUCUAUGGAACUUCCGCCAGGGUAAACAGCAAAUGUCACAGUACAUGAUGCGAGCUCGAAUCUUGGCCCAAGGCUUCACUGUAGUGGCAUUGGUGGUCGGUGUUGGGCUGACUUACACAAAAAAGCAGUGAGAUCUGCUAAUUGGUAGGAUGAUUCAGCUAAUUUUCGUCCGAUCAAUUGAGUUCUGGCGGCGAAGCCACUCAAAUUUGUACAAAAAGCAUAGAAUCAAGGCUAGCCCUCCAACCUGGAUUCUUGGUUUCGCCACUGAUUAAGAUCGAUAGUAGAUUGUUUAAUAAAUGUUACUCAAUACCUCACAUGGAAUUUAUUUCAA